AUAUAUACUGUUGUGGACGGCAACACUGCGAGAGUGUACACCAGAAAGCCGAGUCUAUUCGUGCACUCUGCGCGCCGCUGGGCUCUCCAGUUGCAGCAUAGCUGUCACUGGUUGAUGCCGUGACAGCGCAUAGAUGUGAUCUGUCAUUUUAAAGUGUUGUUAUGUUUUGUUGAUUCUUUCGUUGUUCGUGAAUAAAUGUAGUCGUUCGUUUGUUAGUUCUAGUAUAGAACCUUGUUUUAAUUUGUUUGUAUCUGUCCGUAAUCGUCUGGUCCUUGUGGUGUGGACCGCGUUAAGACGGGUCGCGGCCGGAUCCAACAGUGGCGACGAGGAUUUUAGCCGGAUUUGGCCGGAGAGCAAAAUCGUUCGCUCGUCCCGGCACCCGCGCGUUUUGAGGAGGUGAAAUCGACAAUGGCGGAAAACGAUCUGGAGCGCGAUGGCGACGUGCAGCGGACUCAUCAGCAGCAACAAAAUGGUGAGCUUGAUGGAGUCCCGGCUCAACCGUCGCAGCGGCAACCUGUUUUCCUGGCCCAGCAGUGGUGCGAAAUUCCUCCUCCGUGUCCGUCAUCACCCGAGUAUGCAGCGGCAGCGCAGAUGAUGGUGUCUCUGCAGGAGAUAUUCUUCGAUUGGUGCGUGUCGAGUUUGGCGUUGACCGGAGGUUUGGAGACCUUGCCGGUGGAAUCAACCAGCCGUGACGACUUGGUACCUGAAGAAGGUGGAGAGCUGCGGUACGAGUGUGAGCGACUUCUCGCUCCGCAGCACGUUGGGAAGAUCGAUCCUUGCUCCCCGGAAGUAGAUACGGCACAGCUCGGCAUGGAGUGCAGCUGUAUGGAGCCGUUUGCAACUGAGAGGGGGAGGCAGGAAGAAGAAGACACGAUGAGCAUGCAGCUGGAACGGUCGCAGGUCGAGGCGAACGGAUUUCCUCGACGCCUGGCAGAAACCGCGCGCAUCGUCACCGUGAUCACCGAUGAACCGUGGACUGGGAGUAGCUCGUCGCUCCAAGAUAAGUUUUGCGGUCACGCAGCAAGCAGCAGUUGUCGACAAUCCGCCGGAAUGUUCCUUGCUGAGAAGUUGAAGUUCGCCAUCAGAGAUGAAGUCGUCUUCGGCCAAGAUCCCGCGGUGUUUAUAAGCCGGGAUGUGCCGACAUUCGUCCUACACCACAAAAGAGCCAUUCGGAGAGCGAGAAUAAAGAAGCUGUUUCGCUCUCAUCGACCUCGUCUGCGCCCAAGAACAAGAUGGAAGUUUGUGGCGCCAGUCCGUCGAAGCGUGAACCAUUGCUGCGUAGAUUGGGUUCACCGUUUCCCGAGCGGGUCAGAUCUCCUCGCUGUUCUUCCUGGUCCGGAGAACCCGAGUCGAGUCCGGAAGUUGACCUUCGGAAUUUAGAGGGGAGAUGUUGUGGACGGCAACACUGCGAGAGUGUACACCAGAAAGCCGAGUCUAUUCGUGCACUCUGCGCGCCGCUGGGCUCUCCAGUUGCAGCAUAGCUGUCACUGGUUGAUGGCGUGACAGCGCAUAGAUGUGAUCUGUCAUUUUAAAGUGUUGUUAUGUUUUGUUGAUUCUUUCGUUGUUCGUGAAUAAAUGUAGUCGUUCGUUUGUUAGUUCUAGUAUAGAACCUUGUUUUAAUUUGUUUGUAUCUGUCCGUAAUCGUCUGGUCCUUGUGGUGUGGACCGCGUUAAGACGGGUCGCGGCCGGAU